GAAAGCAUCAACGCUGACAGAGAGGAGGAUGCUGUGUCAGUGGACGCUGCAGCUCAGACUGGAAACAGCUGCUGCACCGGCUCAACGCCAUCUCUGAACUUGUGGCUCUAACAGCAACACUUCAAUGAGCAGUUAGCAAAAUGAGAAUGAAUCCGAGUUAGGUGGUGUUUUCUUUUGCUAAAUUUAAGCGCAGUAUCAGGUUUCUUCUGCCAGAGUUUGAGCUCCUUUGAAGUUUCUGUGCAGAUGGAGCUGAGCAGGAGAAAAGUGCCUCUGUAUGGCCAGGCGAAGGUAUUUGCAUUGCUGGAGGGUUUAGACUCGCUGCCAGAGGGUGCAGAGGUCUAUGUUGUUUUGGAAGGAUCCUCACUGGUCCAUGUCACCAGGGCUCACAGUGAUGUCAUGCUCUGCUUUAUAGUGCCUGGACAUAAUCUGGCUGAGAUGGUGUCUGUCCAGGCCUACCUGUGCUCUGAAACCACACCCCUCACCUGGGUAGGCGGAGCUUCAUUGGAGUAUGUCCAAGAUGAUGCUCAGGACCUGGCAGAGCACCUGGUAAUCCACGGACAUUGUCUAAACUCCACGGAUCACAAGGAGCUAAGCAGCCUCUUCAACCUGGGCCAGGAGAGCUCUCGCAGGGCUAUGGAUCGCCGCGUGGCCCUGGCCAUGUCCAACCUGGAUAUCCCCCAAAACUGGAAUGUACUCGGGAACCACAGUGGAGAUGAGCACAGUCUCGGGGAGUCUCCCUUACACCUGGCCGUGCGAUGGGGUCUGUAUCGGCUGGCAGAGCUGCUUCUUUGUCAGCCAGGGGGUCUGAUGGCUGUCAGUCUGCCAAACGAAGAUGGAGUCACACCGCUGCAGCUGGCACAGACAGCAGACAACACUGAGCUACUGGAGCUGCUCACACAUCCACCCAAUCCUCUAGCCACACCUCCAGCAGGUCUGUCUCAGGUGUGGGCAGACCGGUCCCGCUUGCUGAGGUUCUGUCAUGAUACGGGGAACCUGACUCUGACCGUCCGACAAAACCUGAGGUGGAGCACAGAGGAGAGCCGGCACGCUGACAUCCUGCUCCUCAGAGACCGGCUCAGAGAUGAAGUCUUCAUCAGAGAGAUCAAAGCACUAAGGAGGGAGCGUGUGGAGACCGUCUUAGGGAAGGAAGAACUGUUGGAUAUCCCUACAGAGAACGCACUGUAUUCUGAUAUUAAUGGAGGGAACUCUGCUGUAGAAGAAAAUGUCUAUGAGGAGCCGCUGAUGUUUUCCCUGAAUGAGGAGGACGAAGAGGACGAUCCAUCGCGGUGUGACUCUGAGAAAAGCCAGUCCAUAACGGAGAGCCAGGCCUUGUCCCCGACUCUGGCUGCGGCUGCCAGACUGUCAGCUAUGAUACAUGGCAAAGACAGAGUGUACGCUAACACCAUGCUAGUGGACCAGGUGGAUGACGCUGACAUUAAAUACCGCACUCCAGGGGAGGAGGAGAUGAGCCAUGCGCCCCAUGUUGGCAGCCCAUGCUGGGACUCUUUCUCCAUGGCUCCCGCUGACUCAAGGAACUGCUCUCAUAAUGGGGAGAGGGGAAUCCAAGGCCUCGGCCUAGAGAAUCACAGGGAGCCAUCCCCUCGGGUCUCUCCCUCCUCUCCCUUUGCUUCCUCCCCGUCUUUUCCUUCCUCCCCACUGGCUUCCGCCUUCCGUUUGUUCGAGGGAGCACAGAGGCGCCAGAUACAGCCGUGUCUGCCAGUUUCUCCUGCUUUGAAUCACAGAGGAUGCAGCUUGACGGAGGCGAGUCGGGGCCUGAGUCCUAGUCUGGAGUGUGACAGUGGAGAAGAUGACAUACUGGGACAUUCCUACCCCUGCUCAUCUUUGAAGAAGCAGUCCAUCCUGCGAUCCAGCUCAGGAGAGGAGAGGGACUCUUUCGACACAUCACCAGACUUUAACCACACGCACUUUGACCGCGCGCACAAAUCCACCAAGAACCCAGAGGAUGCCGAGGUUCGCCUGCGCUCCUAUUCCUACUCCUCCCCAAAGUUGAAGCCAUCACGGCCGCUGCUAAACCGAGAAGCAACCAUCACUGACCUGGCAGAAGAUGGUGCGUUCAACAGCAGCAGUCGUUCACUACUUCAAGCUUUAUCUCUCUCUAAAUCCCUCUCUCUUCUCAACCAAGUUAAGCAGAGAGUAUUCAGCCUGACUGAGACUCCCAGAGAAAAGAGGAUUUUGGGUUUCCGUAAGCGGGCCCAGUCAGCAGAGGAGGAGAGCAGCGCAUCACUCCAACAUCUCACCCUCACAGAGUUCCUCAAAGAGAUUGAGGAUGAGGAGUGGGAUAAAUACAUAGUCCCAUCUAAGGUUGAGUCAGAGAAGUACAAAGUCAGCCGGACCUUCAGCUUCCUCAAGAGCAGGAUGUCCAGCACUCGCAACAAGACCAAGGUGAGGGGGAAAGAGGUGAAAGAGGGAAAGGAGAAGUCAGGAGCCACUAAUGGACACCAGUUUGUUCCUGUGUCUCCAUCUGGUCCCGCUCUCUGUGUGGCCUGUGAUAAGUCUGUUUCUGGGAAGGAGCUGUUGCAGUGCUCCAACUGUUUCCUGAACGUCCAUAAAAACUGCAGAGAGUCUGUUGCAGCCUGUGGAAAGGUUUCCAUCAUGUUGUGCAGGCCUAUUCUGAAUCCAAAGCAGGAGAGGAAUGCAGUGCUGACGAAAAGCAAGACCUUGUCUCUCCCACAGAACUCUGCGAAAGACAACUCUCCAGCCUCCAUUUUCUCCUCUUCCUCUUCACUUCCCACAAUGACCAAAAGCCUCUCCAUCUCUAUAGACAGCAGACGGCUGAGUGAUGCAGCAGGGGUGGACAGUGAGUGCAGUGCAACAGCUUGCACCAACAGCUCAUUGUCUGAUGAGGGAACACCGGUCACAGCGACUCCCCCGUCAUCUGAGCCGCCAAUCUGCACACAGGAUGGUGUUGACGCUUCUCUGCUGAGCGACCUGUCAGCUGACCUGCUGGGACUUGAGGUGGAGUCAUGGAGUCUGGCGGUCAGUCCGGAGUUUUGCAGGCAGCUUGACAGGCGAACUAUUAAACGACAGGAUGUUAUUUAUGAGCUGAUGCAGACAGAGCUGCACCACAUCCAAACCCUGACAGUCAUGUCAGAGGUGUUCAGGAGAGGCAUGGUAGAGGAGCUGCAGCUAGACUGGGACUGUGUGGCCCGGAUCUUCCCCUGCUUGGACCCCCUGCUGCUUUUUCACCGAAACCUCUUUGGAGCGCUGCAGGAACGCAGACAGGCUUCAACCCAAUCUGACAACCCCCAAAAUUACCUCAUCCAUCAGAUUGGAGAUGUAUUGCUUCAGCAGUUCUCAGAUGAAAAUGCUGAGAAGAUGAAGCAGGUGUACGGAGAGUUCUGCAGCCAUCACACUGAGGCCGUCAAUGUCUUCAAAGAUCUACAGCAACAAAACAAAAAACUCCAAAACUUUGUCAAACAACAGAGCAACAACUCUCUGGUCAGACGGCGAGAGGUGCCAGAAUUCAUCCUGCUGGUCACUCAGCGCAUCACCAAGUACCCAGUGCUGCUGGAGAGGAUAUUACUGUACACUCAGGAGAGAAGUCAGGAACACUCUGACGUGUCAAGUGCCCUGGCUCAGAUCCGCGACAUCAUCGCUGCAGUGGACCUGACUGUAAACAAGUAUGAGAAGUUUCAGGAGCUGCAGGAAGUGCUGGCCAGGCUGGAGAAUAAGAACUUUGCCAAGCUAAAGAAUGGCAAGGUGUUUCGCAAGCAGGACCUGCAUAGCAAACACAGGGAUCUGCAGCACAAAGGUCUGGUCUACUGGAAGACUGCCACGGGACGUCUAAAGGAUACUUUGGCUCUCCUGCUCACAGACGUUCUGGUAUUCCUACAAGAGAAAGAUCAGCGCUUCAUAUUUGCUGCUGUGGACCAGAAGCCUCCUGUAAUCCCUCUGCAGAAGCUCAUUGUUAGAGAAGUAGCUAAUGAGGAGAGAGGGAUGUUCCUUAUCUCCGCCUCCUCAGUGGGACCAGAGAUGUAUGAAGUUCACACCACCACCAGAGACGAGAGGAAUGCGUGGAUGAGACACAUACGACAAGCUGUAGAGAGUUGCCCUGAAGAAGAGGAGGAGGAGGAGCGAAGUGCUGAGACAGAGGAGGCCAGGAGAGCUGCAGAAGUGAGAGUUCAGAAGAUCACCAAGUUCCAAGAGACACUGUUGGGUCAGGACCAGCGAAUCUGCACCAGUCUAGAGGAGAAGUUACAGCUCUAUGCUGAGCUCACAGAUUUAACCCUCCGCUCACCAGAACCUGUACCACAUCGCCAUCUGCUGGUACAACCAGACACCGACAGUGAGACACCACGACAGGCCUCCUUGCUGCUCACAGCUGCACUCAGAGAAGCAGAGAACCUGAUCACCAUUCUGCAGGCUCGUGAUUGCCCGUCUGUGCAAAGUCAGAGCUCUCCUGUCCGAGCACCAGAGGGCUGCAGCUACAACAGCCACGGCAGCAGCAUCCAGGAGUCUCCCUCCGAACCGGAUUAUCUGAGCACGCUCAGUGUGAGCUCCACCUCUCUUGCAUCAGACAGCGAGCUGACGGGGCUGGACAGCGCGUUGUGGAGCUCUGCUGUCGAGCUGAGAAGAGGAGACACCAAAGGGACACUGUUAAAGGUGGCAGAGAGCGUCCAGAGUCUGACUCAGCUUCUUUAUAGUUUGCAGGCUGCCGUAACCCUCCAAGACAGCUGCCAUGAAGUCCAGAAACUCCUUCUCCAGGAAGGAGAAAGACCUCAGCUCCGAACCCUCACUUCCCUCCAAAACAGUCUGGAGCAGGAGAAGCAGAGAAGUAUGGAUAAGAAGAAAGAGGAAGUGGAAAAGAAGCGUUCAGAGAAGAAGAAAGAAGAGGUGGAUGAGGUGCGGAAACGCCACGUGAAGCUGAAGCAAGAGCAGCAACGCUGGGACAAAGAGUGUCUGACCAGAGAGAAACAACAGAGUGAGCAGGAGAGCAUGCUGGAGCAGCGAGAGCAGCAGUGCCUCCUGGAGGCCGAGCGUCUGCGCUGUGAGCGCGAGGAGCUGGCAGCUCAGCUGCUGGAGUAUCAGCAAAAUCUGGACCGACUGAGGGAGGGCCAGAGGAUUGUGGAGAGGGAGAAGGAGAAGAUUGAAGCCCAGCAGAGGCUAUUGCAGAGCUGGAGACACAACCGCCAGAGCAGCCUGCCUGUUACGAUACCAUUGGAUAGAUACAAGGUGGCCGACCACAGCCGCUCUGGCAGCCUGGAUGGUAACUGCUCUGUGUACGAGAACGAGGCGGCUUUACUUGCUUCCCUCCAACAGAACCACCUCCACCAGCCCGCCAACAACAACCAGCACCAGAAUCUGCUCUCUGUCCCAAGAAAGAACCAUGACGGCCCUCUGCACAGCUCCAGCUACACCGCGAACCUUGGCCUCAGUGCCAGCCUCUACAACAGCCUCAACACCCUGCUGAGCCAGGCACACAGCAAACAGCCUCCGGAUGGUCUGCCAUACCCAAACUACAGUGACAGCCACGGCUGCCCCCGGCCUGUAAAUGACUCCAUCCACCCCUUAAGCAGAAGGGUCACUUCACAGCCAUUAAUGACCAACAACACAGACUUCAGCCUGCCAUUGGACAGGCGAACCCUGGGUCCCUGGAGUUCAGAGGUCACAGGUCACAGACUUUAUGAGGACGACUACUCCUUGUCUCCCUCUCUUACCCCCCUCCUUACCCCGCAGGCUUACCUCUCUCUUGAAGGACAGAAUGGGGAGGAAGCAGGCGAGGAGAACGUUGUUUAUCUCUGAGAAUCCUCAUAGAGAGACCUGCAGUGCAAGCUGUCUUACAUAUAACUGGACCCACAAUAAUAUAUCUGUUGCUUAUAUGUGUUUGUGUAUGUGCGCCUUUGCAUCCAUCUCAAUGUGAUGGAUUAUGUUCAUUUUUUAAAAACUGAAUAUGUAAAUAAGGGAAUAGUUGCAGGGAGGAAGUAUACAUAGAUAUAUGUGGCGGCCAUUAAUCAUUCUCUUCCUGCGUGAAGAAACCAUUGUGCCUUUUUGCAAACAAAUUCUUUGCAAAUCAGCUUUUAUACUUGUACUCCCUGUGUUUUUACUCCUACUAUGGUUCUUUUUAGUAUCCGUUGCACUUGUCUGAUGGCAGAGGUACCUUUGUGCCCCGAACACUGGGACCGACACUACCAGGACAUCUGGACUGAAGUAUGGCUGUUAUUUUCCCAUAUGCACUUAUAAGAAAAUAUUUGAGAGCCAAGUCAGCCCUUCCCCAAACUAUGUAUAAAGUGCUAUUAUUUCUCCAUGUGAUCUUUAAUAAUAUUUAUAAGGGAUUGUGAGCAUCUAAAAGUAUACUGACAUUAUUGUAUAAAUAUUAAAUAUGUGUAUAGUUUUAUGGAAAGGCUACCUAUGCACACUGUGUUGGAUGAGGAACUAUUCCUGUCAUUUUUUUUCUCACUUAAGUGCCAAAGAUUUUGUCUGAUACUGUAGGUGAUUUCUGUAAAGAAUAGCUGUUUGAUGUUCAUCUGCUUUUCUGAUAAUUUAUUGUGUACAUUGCUUCAUGCAAUGUCAACAUUAACAUUUUGUUUGAUAUGUGUUCUCUUGUAAUCUCUGUAAUCAGAGCUGUGAUGUGUCAUAUUAAUAUUGUGAUGUACAUAAAACUAUUGUGGAAAACA